CGCCAGUAGGCAGUAGCGCUCGAUGCUGUGUCUUAUACGAUCUAUAUGCUGCACAUCGUGAUGAAGAGGACCAAGAAGACGGCCCCGCUAAUUUGUCUAUAAAUCGCCGGGUGCUGAGGCAAGCGGUUACGGUGGUUGAUUGUUCCCGCGUGAAUGGAAGUACUUUUAUUUUGACACUCCGCUUAUUUCCGCGGAUGAAUCCGUUGAAGCACGCCGGCGGGGAUUUGACGUACCUGACGGCGGAGGAACGAGAUGGCGGUCCUAUUUAAUUUCUAACGAUUUGACGAUAAACCACUGCGUCCCACUUGGGCGGCACGCCGGGCGCAAAGAGGCCAAUGGCCGCCGAGGAUGGUCCCUCAAGCCCUACACGACUCGUCGGUUGGGGCUGUUUUAAAGAUGGGUGAAUCGUAAACAAAUGACAAAUGUCGUUUUUUGAGUGCAAUGUCGUUGCAGGUGGCUGCGGGGUCCCCCCGGACCCCAGAAACGGUGACCCAUGACCCCAGUCCGCCCUAACUCCGAAUCCAGUCCUUAUCCUCCAGAGGAUUUGCAAGGAGGCGGCGAUGGGAGACAGCUACGUGUACCGGCGACUUCCCUACGCCAGAGGAGGCGAGGAGGGCGAGGAGGAGGAGGAAGGAGAGGAGGGAGGAAGGAUGCGAGAGAGUGUCGGACGACAGAUGAUGCAGGGCGAGGAAGGCACCGAGUGGCUGCUGGAGCUGCUGACCGACGUCCAGCUGCAGCAGUACUUCCUGCGUCUACGCGACGAGCUCAACAUCACGCGGCUCUCGCACUUCGACUACGUUAAGAACGAAGACCUGGAGAAGAUCGGCAUGGGGCGCCCGGGUCAGAGGAGGCUGUGGGAGGCCGUCAAGAGGAGGCGGGCGCUUUAUAAACGCAAGUCCUGGAUGAGCAAGGUGUUUCCCGUGAAGCGGCCCGACGCCGACCCACAGCAGCCCCUCCCACAUGGCGCGUUGUCCAGCGGCGGCGGGGCCACGCCCACUAGCGACUCUGCGGCCUCGCUCACCUGCCUCAUCCGAGAGUCUGAGCUGCAGUUGUUCGAGCGCUUGGGCGACGGCACGUUUGGGGUGGUGCGCAGGGGCGAGUGGAGCGCCCCCAGCAGCCGAGUGCUGUCAGUGGCGGUGAAAUGUCUCAAGGCCGGCGUGCUGGACUCGGACGGGCUGGAUGACUUCAUCCGAGAGGUGAACGCCAUGCACUCGCUCAGCCACCAGAACCUGAUCCGCCUAUAUGGGAUUGUCUUGACGCAGCCCAUGAAGAUGGUGACCGAGCUGGCGCCACUGGGCUCACUGUUGGACCGUUUGAGGAAACGUCAAGGUCACAUUCUGAUCUCGGCGCUGUGCAACUACGCCGUGCAGGUGGCAUGUGGCAUGGCCUACCUGGAGCAGCGUCGUUUCCUCCACAGGGACCUGGCGGCCCGCAACGUGCUGCUGUCCACCAACGAUUUGGUGAAGAUCGGAGACUUCGGCCUGAUGAGGGCGCUGCCGUCACACGCCGACCAGUACGUCAUGGAGGAGGGCCAUAAAAUCCCGUUCCCAUGGUGUGCUCCGGAAUCCUUGAAAUCCCGCAGCUUCUCGCAUGCGUCCGACACCUGGAUGUUCGGAGUGACCCUUUGGGAGAUGUUCAGCCAUGGACAGGAGCCAUGGAUGGGCCUGAAUGGAAGCCAGAUCCUCCACAAAGUGGACGUGGAGGCUGAACGACUGUGCAAGCCAGAUGACUGUCCUCAGGACAUCUACAAUGUCGUACUGCAGUGCUGGAGCCCCAAACCCGAGGACAGACCCACCUUUGUCGCCCUCAGGGACUUCCUGAUGGAGACCAUGCCAACAGACAUGAGAGCUCUCCAGGACUUUGCGGAGGAAGGCAAGCUUGAGAUUCAAAUGAAUGAUGUCAUCGCCAUCAUAGAGGGAAGGGCAGAGCACUACUGGUGGAGAGGCCAGAACAGGAGAACGCUGCGCAUGGGCCAGUUCCCUCGCCACGUGGUGACGGCGGUGGCCGGCCUGUCUGCACACGACAUCAGCCGGCCGCUCAAGCACUCGUUUAUCCACACGGGACACGGGGACACCGACCCGCACCGGAGCUGGGGCCACGCCGACCGCAUAGACAGUCUAUAUUUGGGGAACCCCAUGAAACCCCCUGAUGUUCUCGGAGUGGACCCUUGCAUGUCAAGACCGACCAAGCUCCCCAACCGGGCCAAGAAGCAACCACCUCCUCGCCCUCCUCAGCCCGCAGUGCUGCUGAAGAAGCCUUUCUAUGAUUCUGUGAUGGAGGAUUAUGACGAUGAGGAAGACGACCCCACCAGCGCUCGGCCCGGCUUUAAGAGGCUCGGCGUGCCCCUGGGCCUCAAGCUCCGCCCGUGGGAAGGCUGCGGUGGCGGCGCACGCGCCGACGCCGGCGAAGUGUCGCUCAUCGACUUCGACGACAGCUUCAGCUCGACCACGCCCUCACCACUGACCGAGACGCAGCAGCCAGACGAGGACACGUUGAAGGACACGCCCUCCAUCCUGGACUGGCCCCUCCCACAGCCGACCUACGACGAGGUUGCUACGGAACUGCCGGACCAAUCGGAGGACCAGGAGGUGCGAUCCAUCAACAAAGGGACAACGGAAGAGGCCCCGCCCACUCCCUCCGGCGCCGCCAUGUUGGGCAGGAACGAGUCUCAGUCGGCCGACCUCUUCCAGGAGCUCCAGCGAGAGGUGAUGGUGAAGCUGCAGGUUCCCAUGGCGACAGGCCGCUCUCUGCCCUCCUCGCCGCUCCCACUGCCGCUGGCGCCGCUGACGCCUCACCGGCAGAUCUACCUGCCGCCUCCCUCGCCGUCCUCCAGCUUCACGUCGGGCUUCGGGGACCGACCGGUGGUGCCACCCCGCAGCCCCGCGCCGCCGCUGCGCCCCUCCAAGGGCACCUCCCACCCGCACCACAGCUCCAUCUCUCUGGAGCUGGAGGACACCCCACCUCAGAUCCCUCCGCGGGACCGCGCCCUCUCCCAGCCGGGCUCGCGCUCCUCCUCGCCGCUCACUCUGGUGCCGUCCUCCGCCUUCCUUCCACCUCCCCCGCUUUCCGUCUCCCCCCGUCGGGCGUCUGGCCUCCUGGGUCCCCUGCUGUCCUGCUCCCCUCCCAAAGGCCCGCCUCCUGGUUCUUCUUCCUCCUUUUUGGAUCCUCUGGCCUUGCGGGAGCCUCGUGGACUCUCCUCUGCGAUUGACAGCUCGCAGAGCUCUGCCCUGGCCCCAUUGCCAGAGCGACCAGCUUUACUGGAAAGGUACGGCGCAGCCAAUAUGGCGGCGGUCAAACCAAUGAUACAGCACCCUGCCCGGGCCAAGUCCAACUCCUCUUACAACAACAACAACGGACGGACGGAAGCUCCCAGCAUGCAACGGGAGCUGAGCAUCAUACAGCAGGUCCAAGGAGCCGUUCAUGGGGUGACUCUGGACGAGUGUCAGGCUGCGCUGCAAAGUCACGACUGGGGAAUCCAGCAGGCCGUCGACCAUUUGAAGGUGGAGCAGUUGUUUCGUCUGGGCCUGCGUUCCCGGUCCGAGUGCGAGGCUCUCCUGCGGCGCUGCCAGUGGAACCUGGAACAGGCCAGCUCGCUCAUGCUGGACGCGUACGGACCGCACUGCAACAGCAUAUGAAGUGACAGCAUCAUGUGAUAUCAGCGGCGACUCUUCUGUCCAAGGACCCGGCAUUGAAUGUUCUCCUCUUGUAUGUACUGUGGACACAUGCUCCAAACUGGUGUCGCACAAUUGAACCGCUUACUUGAACUCAGACACGCACUGGUUAUUUAUUUUUACUACUUAAAUGUCAUAUUUGAGAUGCACCAACAUACUGUAUAAAAAGAAUGCGCAACACUUCUUAUGUCGUGUAUCCGCAGGUGGAAAUAAAAGUGGUAUGAAAAGAGAAUGCCCCCGGGAUCAAACGUGUGAUCUUUCCAUUACGGAACAAGUCUCUGUACCGCACUCAUCCCUCCCCGCACGUAUUGAUUGCAGUGGCGCACUGAAUGACUGUGUGAUCCCUGGACGGCCUUUCUCAUCCACAACAUCACUAAGCACUCCUGUCCCAUUUACCGAUGGUGCGUGACAACACACACACAAACAAACACACACACACGCACACUCAGUUUGCAGACAGACAAUCUACCUCAUGACUCAAUCAAAUUUGUUGUAUUAAAUCACAUGACGAGUUUGAUGCCAGACAAGUAAGUGGGAUUUCCCAGCCAGCUGAAUAACUUGUCAGUUGUGCUUACUUAGCUCAGGCUUGGACUCCGGACACCUACCAGGACUGUUUAUCCUAAUGUUAGCUCCGUGUUGUCCGCCACAUUUGUAUUUAUUUAUUUUUGGCAUUCAUUUAGUUAUCCAACGAAUGAGGUUCCCCUGGGGUCAAUCAUGAGUCCACUCUAAAAAUGUGUUUUUAAAAAGUUAUCAGUCCGUUUUGUGUUUUCCAAGGGUCGCACGGAUUAGGGGGCUCGUUAUUAUAGUUCUUUUUUUCAUCUGUAUUGUUUAUUUUUUUGUAAUCAAUUAAACAAUCACUGGUACCCUGCAAAAAGUCAGUGUUCAAAAACAAGAAACAAAAAUACAAAAAUGAGGGUUAUUUUAUUUGAACCAAGCAAAAUUAUCUGCCAUUAGAACAAGAACAUUUGGCUUGUCAGGACUUUCCAAAACAAGUACAAUUAGCUAACCUCAAUGAACCCAAAAAUACCUUUAAAGGGGAACAUUAUCACCAGACCUAUGUAAGCGUCAAUAUAUACCUUGAUGGUGCAGAAAAAAGACCAUACAUUUUUUUAACCGAUUUCCGAACUCUAAAUGGGUGAAUUUUGGCGAAUCAAAGGCCUUUCUGUGUAUUGCUCUGGUGGCGAUGACGUCAGAACGUGACGUCACCGAGGUAAUACAGCCGCCAUUUUCAUUUUCUAUACAUUACACACACGGGUCUCAGCUCGACUAUUUUUUGGAACCUUGGAGACAUCAUGCCUCGUCGGUGUGUUGUCGAAGGGUGUAACAACACUAACAGGGAGGGAUUCAAGUUGCACCACUGGCCCGAAGAUGCAAAAGUGUCUGCCGCCAGACCCCCAUUGAAUGUGCGGGAGUGUCUCCACAUUUUACCGGUGAUGACAGACAUGGCACAGAGAUGUAUGGAUAACCUGCAGAUGCAUUUGCAACGAUUAAGUCAACGAAAUCACAAAGGUGAGUUUUGUUGAUGUUGUUGACUUAUGUGCUAAUCAGACAUAUUUGGUCGCGGCGUGACUGCCAACUAAUCGAUGCUGACAUGCUAUUUACCGGCAAUGACAGACAUGGCACAGAGAUGUAUGGAUAACCUGCAGAUGCAUUUGCAAUGAUAAAGUCAACGAAAUCACAAAGGUGAGUUUUGUUAAUGUUGACUUAUGUGCUAAUCAGACAUAUUUGGUCGCGGCGUGACUGCCAGGUAAUCGAUGCUAACAUGCUAUUUACCGUCGGUGCUAAAGCAGACAUGGCACAGACGUAUGGAUAACCUGCAGACGCGUUUGCAACUAUAUUACGUUUCCUUCCACCAACAUUUAAUGCGAAAAAAACACUUACCAAUCGACGGAUUUAAGUUGCUCCAUUAUCACAAAAUGCGAAAGUCCUGAUCGUUUGGUCCGCACAUUUUACUGGCGAUGCUAACGCAGCUAUUCGUCCAUGCUAUGGCUAUGAAUAGCGUCAAUAGCUAUUCGCUCAAUAGCUUCAGUUUCUUCUUCAAUACUUUAAUACUCCAACCAUCUGUUUCAAUACAUGCGUAAUCUGUUGAAUCGCUUAAAUUGCUGAAAUCCGAGUCUGAAUCCGAGCUAAUGUCGCUAUAUCUUGCUGUGGUAUUCCUGUUGUUUGUUUACAUUGGCAGCACUGUAUGACGUCACAGGAAAAUUGAUAGUGGUUUCAAAGAUAGCGAAAAUAAGGCACUUUAAAGCUUUUUUUAGGGAUGUUCCGGGACCGGUAAAAUUUUGAAAAAAACUUCAAAAAAUACAACAAGCCACUGGGAACUGAUUUUUAUUGUUUUUAACCCUUUUGAAAUUGUGAUAAUGUUCCCCUUUAAAAGACUUAUAUUCUCACUAAUAACAACUGUACUACUAUACAAGUACGUAUUUUCUAUUGUUUCAUUGAAAAUAAGACUGCAAAGUCCAUUUGGCUGUCACCUGUUUUUAUAUGAAACACUAUUGUGUCAAAGUCAUGAUUUUUUUUUUUCAUGCUUGAAAUAAGAAAUGAUUACUUUAAAAAAGUAGUUUUAUACUUGUGACUGUUGAUCACACAGCCUUGCAACACUUGACAUUCUAGUUUCAAGCAUGUUUUACUCGAUAUAGGUCACCAAAUCUCAGCAACAAGCUGUAAUAUCUUACUGAGAUCAUUUAGGCACCGUCUUUAGCGUCCUCUACAACCUGUCGUGACGUCCACUUAUCCUCCAUUCAAACAGCGUGCCUGUCACAGUUCAAUUAAAUGUGGAGCAGAGGAACCCAAGGAUGCAGAUGGAUUGUGAGUUAAAUAGAUAGAUAAAUUGAUAGAUAGAUAGUGUGACGAUCUGUCACUUCAUUUCUGUUGGUUUUCUUUGUUUUUGUAUUUACUUCCCGUCAGUGCUCUUAUUUUGUUAAAUUUCUUGUUUAUUCCGCGGAGCACUGUUUUCUCCUCACCUGCCGGUCCACAUCUGCUGCCAAUCAACAUAUGUCUAUUUAUGUUUUCACUCGAGCACUCCUCAGUGCUCGAAGAUAAUUCUCUGUUUGGAACUUCUGUUUGCAAGACUGCUUCGUGUUUUUCUUUGAUGAUAAUUAAAGUCAUCUUACCUGCUCUCAGCUCUCCUGGUUCUUGCAUCUUGGGGUAACAAAACGGCGGCCAUGCGUUUUCCUGACAGAUAGUACUUUAUUGAUUCCUUCAGGAGAGUUCCCUCAGGAAAAUUAAAAAUGUUUUUAUUUGUUUAAAGGCCUACUGAAACCCACUACUACCGACCACGCAGUCUGAUAGUUUAUAUAUCAAUGAUGAAAUAUUAACAUUGCAACACAUGCCAAUACGGCUUUUUUGGUUUACUAAAUUACAAUUUUUAAUUUCCCGGGAGUUUCGUCUUGGAAACGUUGUGUAAUGAUGACGUGUACGCAAGACGUCACGCGUUUUUAGGAAGUAUGAGCGCUACGCACACACAGGUAAAAGUCGUCUGCUUUAACGGCAUAAUUACACAGUAUUUUGGAGAUCUGUGUUGCUGAAUUUUUGGCAAUUUGUUCAAUUAAUAUUGGAGAAGUCACAGUAGAAAGAUGGAGUUGGGAAACUUUAGCCUUUAGCCACACAAACACACGGUGAUUCCUUGUUUAAAAUUCCGGGAGCUGAAACUUUACUAUGGAUCAGAGCGCGGUCAAGCGGACAUGGAUCCCAACCGAAUGUCAACCAGCAGGUUUCGGUGAGAGAAUUGUGGUUAAAAAGUCAGCACUUACAGAAUAUCUGCUGAGCUUGUGCCGUCCGUACAGCUGCCGUCGACUCCCCUGAGACACUGGCGUCAACACACCCGUGGACAAACCCCUCCGAUUAUCAGGUACUAUUAAACUCACUAAAACUAGCAACACAAUAGAAAGAUAAGGGAUUUCCCAGAAUUAUCCUAGUAAAUGUGUUUAAAAUCAUCUAAAUCCGUCCCAAUGCAAUCGCGUUUUUUUUUUGGAUUUUUUUCUAAUCCGUCGCUAUCAAUAUCCUCAAACACAAAUCUUUCAUCCUCGCUCAAAUUAAUGGGGAAAUUGUCGUUUUCUCGGUCCGAAUAGCACUUUUUGUUGGAGGCUCCCAUUAAAAUCAAUGUGAAUAUGUGAGGAGCCCCCACACUUGCGACGUCAUCGUCUGCGACUUCCGGUAAAGGCGAGGCUUUUCUCUUAACACCGACAGUUGCGAACUUUAUCGUGGAUGUUCUCUACUAAAUCCUUUCAGCAAAAAUAUGGCAAUAUCGCGAAAUGAUCAAGUAUAACACAUAGAAUGGACCUGCUAUCCCCGUUUAAAUAAGAAAAUCUAAUUUCAGUAGGCCUUUAAAUGUAUUGAUUUUAUUUGUUUACAAUUGGCUGUGAUGAUAAUGUAAAUGAGGGAUUUCUUAAUCACUGCUAUAUUGGAAUUCUUAUUAAUAUUAAUGCUGUUGUUGAUAUUAUUCAUUUUUGUUUGACUAAUUUUGGAUUGUUUUAUGUCAUGUUUGUGUGUCUUCUCA